UACAACUACAACUCCAACUACUACUCCAACCACAACUACAACCACAACGUCAACCACAACUCCAACCACAACUUCAACCACAACUCCAACCACAACUACAACCACAACUUCAACCACAACUACAACUACAACUCCAACCACAACUCCAACUACUACUCCAACUACAACUCCAACCACAACUCCAACUACAACUCCAACUACAACUCCAACCACAACUCCAACUACAACUCCAACUACAACUCCAACCACAACUCCAACUACAACUCCACCACAACUCCAACUACAACUCCAACCACAACUCCAACCACUACUCCAACUACAACUCCAACCACAACUCCAACUACAACUCCAACUACAACUCCAACCACAACUCCAACUACAACUCCAACCACAACUCCAACUACAACUCCAACCACAACUCCAACCACAACUCCAACCACUACUCCAGCUCCUCCAUCCACAGAAAAUUCAACCCCUCCCGUCUUGGAGUUUCUAAUGAAUCUAAACAUGAGGAUAAAAUCUUAUGGAGAGAUCAGCAAUGGAACGGCAAUAGAGCUCAUUAAACAGUUUUUUGAAGACCAUCUUCCUCGUGGAACAGCUCAUGCAGUGACUGUACGAAGCAUUCAAAGGGUUAGAGUUAACCCCUAGAACAUCACGGAGUUGAUCGGAGAAAAACAGCAUUUACAUGUUGGUGGCAUUAUUCAAUCAAUAUAUCAACCAAUAUAUCACAUUAUGUAUGUUUUUAGUCUUAUUUUAAAUAUCAACACUUGGUGUAGUAGGGCGGUAUUCCAAAAGCAUGGUACAACAAAUCCAAUCUCUCCAUGAUAUCAAGGUUAAUUCUGAUUUUUUUUUUUAUUCUAGCAGCUAAUCUCCUUAAAUUCAGUCAAUUCUGAGUAUCUAAACCAUGGGUGUCCAAAGUGAGGCCAGGGCCCAUUUGUGGCACCUUGGACUGACUUUGGGCGGCCUCCAAUUCCAUGGAUGCAGAUGGAGACUUAAAAAAUUGUUACCAACAUAAUUUUCUUACACAGAGAAAUGUAAAGUACAAAUCCUGUUUUCACAACUGAAAAUAAAUGUAUUUGACUGAGCCGAAAAGAAACUGAAAACUAGAUGUUUUUCUUUUCUUACAGCAAACAUGCAAACUUAAAGUAGUAAGUAGUAAAUUUCUGUCAAAUAAAUUUGAGAAUAAUCACAGAAAACUUUUCAAGAAAGUUUAAAAAGAAUUUUUGGCAGAAAUUUAUUCAUUUUUUUCUAUCUACAACGGUCCUAAUACACCACUGUAAAAAUCCACAAUAAACAUACAGCUACUUUAUUUGCUUGAUUUUAGGUGGGGUUUUCUUUGGCCCGCGAAUAUUUUUGAGUUAACAAUUUUGUCCCACAUGGCAAAACGUUUGGACGCCCCUGAUCUGAACCUUAAGUUGACAGGUAAAUUUAGAGAAGGACUAAAUUUGAUUUAAAGCAAAGCUGUUGCAGUAACAGUAACUUCAAUAUCAACCAAUAUGGAUCAGAAAAGGGUUUCCCCAAAUUCAGAGUUUACACAAACCUGCUUUCUGGAAUGGCCCUAUAAAGUACAAGAGAUUAUAUUGUGUAGAUUUGGCCUCUCCUGAUUACAGCGUGUAUUAUUCCAGCUGUAAAAGCGUCUACAUUUCUCUGAUCAAAUUCUUUGAUUUAACCUGUAAGUCAAAUUAAAGGAUGUAUUUGCUAUCCUGUCCCAGUAGAGUUGAAUUUUGUUGUGUUUUUUCUCAGUUUGACAGAUAUAGGAUUUUUUUUUAUUGAAUUUGAAGUGAAUUGUUUUUGUUGCUGCUUUGGGCAACAUGCUAAAAAAAACAAAUCUUUUUUGUACAUAUAUGUGGUGGCUUAUUAUUUCUUCUAACAUGUUUUUAUUGUCUUUGGGUUCAGGUUUUAAUUAACAUUCAGAAGAUUGUUUGUAUUUUAGCUUUUUUUUUUCCAGCUUUGUAAUUUUUACAUGUAAAGUACAAUAAAAUAAUUUAUAUAAAUUA